GAUCUGCGCGCAAGAAGACCUUACGAGGAUGACCCAACACAGUCUUCGGAACGUACGAGCCAGCAGAUCAGCAGAUGCAGACGCUUCGCACAUGCGUGUACGGCUCUUUCAGUGUUUUGCUUCUCCGGGAUGAACAGUGACAGCUUGACCACGCAAUGCCCUGAGCGAGCCAUCCUCAACCACUUCCAAAGGCCUGCCGCUAUCCUCUGUGAGAGCCUUAAGCCGCUGCAGCAAGAAAUCGCGGCGACCAAGGAGAAGACGGCUCAGCUCAAGACCAAACACCGCAUCGCUGACCUAGCAGCAGCCUGCGGCAACAAGGAGCUGCUGUUGAAUGUGGGCGGCAGUGAGUGGUGCGUCAAGCGGCAGCACAUGACUCAAGGGGAGGGCGUCGAGAACACUCUGCUGGCCGUGCUCUUCUCUGGCAAGUUCGACAACCGACUCAUCAGGGACGACAAGCAGCGGGUGUUCUUGGAUGUCGACUCGGAGGCCUUCAAGACCGUCCACAAGGCCAUCCUGGAGGCGAGAGCCGUCCAGCAGGCCGCUCGAAAGGGCGGGCGGGGGAGAAACGCGGUCUCUUGUCUGCUGACCGAGGCCGACACGCGUGGACACAAGGGUACGCACUCACACACACGCACACACACGCACGCACACACGUGGGCAGCCAGGAAAGUCAGUCGCCUGCAGUGUAUGGCCUGAGUCUGUCUGUAUGUGCGGGUAUAUACAGGAUUGCAUGACUUCUGGGUCAAGAAGCUUCUCGCGCCACACGAUAUCGAGGGCGAUCGCACAAAGUGCCGCGAGAGGGAGCCAUCAGUGACGGCAGAGGGCAUCGGCGAGGAGGCGGGGGAGCUCGUCAGUGCGCUCAACGACGUCCUCAAGGCCUACAGUGACAAGAGGAGCAGCCUCGAGGCAGAGCUGCGGACCGAGAAGAUGCGAGACGAGCAUCUCAACACCGAAUUAGAGGUGAGCGAGAGGCAAUCACUCACCGGAGCUGCCCCAUGGAAUCCAUGCCAUGCAUUCGCUUGUGGUCUGAUUGUCAGCUUGUGAGCUCGUUCCUGGCGCCCCUGGAUGGCGAUGACCCCGUCCUCUCUGUCGAUGUCUGCGGCCAGACCAUUUCGACGUGUCAGUCGACAAUCGACGCCAUGACCGACGAGAUGGCACUCAAGCGACGCAACACUCAAUCACUGUGAGUGGCCUGACCGCACUGCAGAAGACGCAGCAAGCGAAUUAUACCCAGACAAAUGCACCUAAGGUGUUGUGUGUCAAUCACUCAGUUGGGGCAGCUCAGUCCACGACGUCCCCCCCGACCACAUGAGCCGGCUCAUCGACCACCACCGCCGCAAACGACACGGCGCCUCGCCCGCCGAGGCCAACGUGCCGCUGCAGAUGGACAACGCCCGAGAGCAGGCGGCCUUCGAUGUCAACGCGGCCAUGUACGGCGUUGUCAAGACCGGCACACCACACGGCGCGCAGCCAACCAGGUACGCAGAUGGAGAGAACUAGGAGGACCGGUGUUGCGCCAUCGGUUGUCUUUCCUUUCGCUUUGCAGUAACGGUGGGUUCACUGUCACAUCUGGCGUGCGCUAUCGCAUCGUCACGCCCGGCAAAGGUAACGUGCCGGGGGCCAACCAGACCGUCAAGUACGACGAGAUUUGGUGGUCUGAUGGGUUUGACGGCAACGACAAAGCCUACGAUGAGCGUGGGAAGGUCCUUCGCGUGUCGGAUUGGAAUGGCUGGUGGCGUGAGGCAGUGCUGUCGAUGCGCAUUGGGGAGGUGAGGCAGAUCAUCUUGCCUGGUGCAUCCGCCCGCUACGUUCAGCUGCGCUUGGUCAGCAUAGUGUAGAGAGAAUAUGAUGUGCCCGUCACCCACUCCCUGGGGGCUGUCUGCCUGGGUCCCUCGAUGUUCAGUGAGGAGCGAAUGGUUCUUACCUGGCGUGUACGACUGGCUUGUGUGUGUGUGUGUGUGUGUGUCGCUUUCCUACUUGACCCCCCACACACACACGUGUGUCCCGUGUGAGCGCGUGAACGUUGCGGCGUCCAUAUUUGUGUGGGCGGGCGUGUCGCCCCUCCUCUUGUCACCGAUGCCCCGCCCCUUGGCUGUCUGGUCGUCUUUUUCGUGACCGUCGUGUGUGUUGUCUGAGUGGCUGUGUUGCCGCUCUCUGAUACGAGGGAUGAGCCGUGUCGGGCGGGGAUGUGUAGAUACGCAUUUAUCACAAGUGUAUAGAGAGGAGAGGGGGCUGGAAGCGGCGGCGGGGUCGGUCAAGUAGCCUUGUGCAACAUGUUUGUGUCCGUGUCGCCUCUCUCUUCGGGGUCCCCCGUUGCAUCCCCGAUUGUGUGCAUUGCGUCGGUUUUGGUCGGAGGAUUGAGUGUGUUGUAGCUUUUGUCAGCCGUGUCAGUAUGUCGGUGUGUGUCACGAUGCAUCGUGCGACGUGUGAGGCGGUGGAUUGAUCUUUCUCACUGUUUUGAUGGCUGUGUGCCGUUUCUCUCUCUGUGGUGACUGGGCUAUCUGGCAGUCGGUGGGACGCUCACAGCCUCUUUUUGAGUGUCCAUGUGUGUGCCCGGUGUGUGGUGUGAAGACAGAGGGCAGCGCAGAAAAGGCCUUUUUUCCCUUCCUGUCGCGCCUUCUGUGGUGCAUCCAUCCACCUAUUGGCUGUCGGCGGUCAGUCGCUGAAUGGAGCGAGAUAUGUGCCAGAGACUUUGCCUGGUGCUGCGUGUGUCUAUUGAUCCCAUUCGUGUGUGGUGUGGAUGGCAAAAGGAGAUGUGUAUGGGUUGACUCUCCCUUUCAAUGUGUCGACUCUCUGCGUCUGUCUGUCUGUGUCUGUCUGUCUGUCUGUGUGAGAGA